GGUUAGCAUGCUAACCAGCUAGCCCCGGGCCUGGACACCUCAUUUUCCCAGCAGUCCAAAGCUUGCGCGUUAGCAGAGUGAACACCAUGACUCACUUUGUAGUCCUGCUAGCUGCAUGGCUAACUGAGCUAACAAGCUAACAGCAGCUAUAUUGUAAAUAGAACACAGCUAACAUCAGUUAGCAGUUAUCUUGAUGAUAUGCAGCCCCUGUUUAUUGGAGUAUAAAUUCAUCAGGUGGCCAGUUCUUACAUAUUGCACCUUUAAUAGUCACGCACUGAAAUGACGUGUUGCUUUUUUAAACGUCAGCUGCUUAAACUUUGCUGUUCUUCAGAAACACAGACGACAACAUGCUGCAGGAACCUUUUAGUUCCCUCAAAGGUUGAUCGAUGAACUAAUGUGGUGUUCCAGACAUCUCGGGACUUGAACGUUUCUCAGCUUCUAUUGACAGAGGUUGAAGAGCACUGUUGCAUCAAACACUAUAAUCAUGACUGCCACAUGAAUCUACACGCAGAGCUUUUGUUGGCAUUGUUGCCUUGUAACUUGAGAUGCGCUAAUGGUGAUGCUACGUGCACCUGUGGAAGUGGAAAAACACGGCUUGAAUCGAAUUUGCCUGCUGUAAUAUACAGCCCAGAGUCACACAAAAUCAGUAGUUUGAUUUGCAACAUGCAAAAAACCUCCACGGCCCGUCUGCCAUCAGUCUGACACAUUGUACAACAGACGGACACACACAUUCGGACCAGACGGCGGAGAACCGCUGACACUGAUUUUGAGGAUCAGAAACGACAAUUUUCCGACAAGUCCUCCAUACAAAUAUGUCGGUCGAUUCCUCCUCCAACUCCUCGCUCCAUCACGCCUUCGAGGACUGCGCCAUCUUCAGGAAAAGCAUUCCCGUCUAUGUAGCCCUCUGCAUCAGCCUCCUCCUCCUCUUCCCUCUCUUCAUCCUCGUCCUCUGUGUGGGCUGCCAGCGAUGGAGGAAACAGCGCUCCGCUGCCGCCGCAGGUCCAGUGACGAGCCACUCUGACGUCUUCACCUUCAACAUGGUCGUCCUGGAGCUGAUCGGCAUCUUGGGAUUGUGCUUGAACUUUUUUGGUGCCUACAAUAAUCAACCAGGUGUACUUAGAGUUGGGUCCUUAAUGGCCGCCAUCACCGUGCCUGGAGAGAGUCUGUUUCACCUCCUCACCUGUGUGGAGCGUUACCUGGCUGUCGUUCACCCCGUCACCUACCUGGGACUGAAACAGACGGGUGGAGUCAGGAUCCGAAACGUGAUCAUCGGGUGUGUUUGGCUCCUUUGCUGGGGAUUAUCGUCUCUAUCAGAAUUCAGUUAUCGUUUCUUGACCAUCUCUACUUUGGUGUUAUUGCUCUUCUCCACCAUUGCCGUCGCUUAUUGCAGCUUAACUGCUCUCUGCGUUCUGAUUCGUCCGGGGCCAGGGGAAGUGGGUGGGAAGAGGAAGCCGGCUGACCAAUCGAAACAGAGGGCUUUACACACCAUGAUGGCUGUAGCGGGAACUCUGCUGUUGAGGUUCUUGGGCAGCUUUGUCGCCACCAUAACACAGUUUUCAUCAGACUUAAACGACAUUGAUAAAUGUUUAGUGAUACUGUCUGCAGCCUGGUUUUGUCUGCCCAGCAGUCUGGUGUUACCGCUGCUGUUUCUGCACCGGGCCGGAAAACUACCGGGCUGGAAACACAACACUCACUGUAUUUGUUUGAAAUAGUCUCUCCGUUUGUCCAGCAUCCUGAAAUCCAAACAUAUAUACAGGUGUUACUGUGUUGUUGCCAGGUUGGUUUUUAACGUUCCACAAUAUGUGUUUGACAUUUUGAGGUUUUUAGUGGCAGAGUUUGGGGAAUUAACUGGGAUUAUAAAGACACUUUAUCCAUCAUUGACUCACUAUUGGUUAUGCUACGUUAUCUC